AUGGUAAAACAAGGUAUCGUUAUAGGACAUGUUGUUUCUAAUGCUGGUAUUUCAGUUGACCCAGCAAAGAUAGAUGUUAUUUCUAGUCUACCUUACCCCUCUUCUGUGAGGGAGGUUCAUUCGUUUCUUGGUUACGCAGGUUUCUACUGGCGGUUCAUCAAGGAUUUCAGUAAGGUAGCACUACCCCUAUCCAGACUGCUACAGAAAAAUGUUCAGUUCGAGCUGAAUGCUGACUGCAAGGAAGCGUUCGAUAAACUAAAGACUGCCUUGACCCAAGCCCCCAUUGGUAUUGAUUUCAUGGGUCUAUUUCCAAACUCUAAUGGUUUCUUAUAUGUACUGUUAGCUGUUGAUUACGUUUCUAAAUGGGUGGAAGCAAUUCCUACCCGUACUAAUGAUGCUAACAUUGUUGUCUCUUUUUUUAGAAAUUAUAUUAUCUGUCGCUUUAGAUCACCACGAGUAAUCGUGAGUGAUCAAGGCACUCACUUUUGCAACAGGAGAUUAACAUGCCUAUUGAAGAAACAUGGCAUCCUUCAUAAGAUAGCAACAGCCUAUCAUCCCCAGACCAAUGGGCAAGCUGAGGUGUCUAACAGAGAGAUAAAGCGUAUAUUGCAGAAGAUAGUUAAACCUCACCAGAAGGACUGGAGCACCAAACUUGUUGAUGUGCUCUGGGCCUACCGGACAGCAUACAAGACACCAAUCAGAAUGAGUCCCUUCUGCUUAGUCUACGAAAAGGCGUGUCACCCCCCAGUGGAGAUAGAACACAAAGCUUUCUGGGCAGUACGAGAAUGUAACAUGGGAUUUGAGAAAACCGGAGUUGAGAGAAAGUUGCAAUUAAAGGAGCUAGAAUGCCUUCGUCUAGAAGCUUAUGAGAAUUCCAGACUAUACAAGGAAAAAGUGAGGGCUGUUCAUGACAAGAAUAUAAAGCGCAGGGAGUUCAGACCUGGUGAGUUAGUUCUCCUCUACAAUUCCAAGUUGAGACUCAUGCUAGGCAAACUAAGAUCUAGAUGCGAAGGCUGA